AUGCUUUUAGUUCCCAACUAAAUUUUAUUAUGUUUUGUGGUGUUUCUCUCCAGCUGACUUGACUUCGCAUCAUUGAUCUCUUCAAAUUCUCCCACUUUCCAUUCACUUUCGUUUGUUCAAGUUUCUUGAGUAACUGGUGACCAUUUUCUCAUAAAAAAGGCAUCUUUCUACGGAACGGGUUAUUAUCUCCUGUGCAAGGUCUUUUCUUUUCUUUCUGGGUGGUCGUUAUUGGAGGCCAAGAAUGUGAAACUGUACUUAUUUUUACGAGAAAGUGUUUGUUGAAGGUGUAAACUGAAAUGGGUAGAAGGAAAAAGAAAGCUGCUUUCAAUGUUGAAGAAGUUGUGGAGUUCUUCAAGCAUUUGUUGGAGGAAAAGCCUCUACUUCCGUAUGUAAUUCCUUUGAUUUUGCUUCUUUGGAUCAUUGAGAGAUGGCUUUUCUCUUUCUCCAAUUGGGUUACUCUAGCCAUCGCGGUCUGGGCUACUUUGCAGUAUGGAAGCCAUCAACGUCGGUUACUUAGAGAAGACUUGAACAAGAAGUGGAAGCAAGUCAUAUUGAACUCCUCGCCAAUCACACCACUGGAACACUGUGAAUGGUUGAAUAAAUUGUUGAUAGAAGUUUGGCCCAACUACAUGAACCCAAAGUUUUCAAUAAGGUUCUCACGCAUGGUUGAGAAACGAUUAAAGCACCGCAAAUCAAGGCUCAUAGAAAAAAUUGAAUUGCAGGAGUUCUCACUAGGUUCAACUUCGCCUUUGUUGGGUCUUAACGGAACUCGCUGGUCUUCCUUAGGUGAUCAGAAAGUUAUGCGUGUUGGUUUUGACUGGGACACCAAUGACCUAAGCAUCUUGUUGCUUGCCAAGUUGGCGAAGCCAUUACUUGGGACUGCCAAAAUUGUUAUCAACAGUCUCCACAUUAAGGGUGAUCUUCUAUUGAUGCCAAUUCUGGAAGGGAGAGCACUUUUGUAUUCAUUUGUAUCUGUGCCAGAAGUGAGAAUAGGAGUUGCAUUUGGAAGUGGAGGAAGUCAAUCUCUACCUGCCACGGAGCUGCCUGGUGUUUCAUCUUGGCUGGUUAAACUUUUCAAUGACACAUUAGUUAAGACAAUGGUUGAACCUCGCCGCCGAUGUCUCUCUUUGCCAGCAGUAGAUUUGAGGAAAAAGGCUGUUGGUGGUAUCAUUUAUGUGAAAGUUGUUUCUGCUAGUAAACUUUUUAGAUGUAGUUUAAGAGGAAGCCCAUCAAGGAGGCAAACAAAUCCUGCAGACUGUAGUUUAGAAGAGCGCUAUGAUGACAAAGAUCUGCAGACGUUUGUGGAGAUUGAACUUGAAGAAUUAACCAGGAGAACAAAUGUCAGACCAGGCUCAGAUCCCAGAUGGGAUUCAACAUUUAAUAUGGUUUUACAUGAAGAAACAGGAAUAAUACGGUUCCACCUUUAUGAGUUCACACUCAAUAGUGUCAAGUAUGAUUAUCUAGCAAGUUGUGAAGUCAAGGUCAAGUAUGAUGCAGACGAUUCCACAACCUUUUGGGCAAUAGGGCCUGACUCUGGUAUAAUAGCCAAGCAUGCAGAAUUUUGUGGAAAAGAAGUUGAAAUGACUGUUCCUUUUGAGGGGGUCAAUUCAGGGGAGUUGGCUGUGAGUCUUGUGUUGAGGGAGUGGCAAUUUUCAGAUGGUUCACAUAGCUUGACCAAUUUUCGCAGUGGCUCACGGCAAUCACUAAAUGGUACAUCAAAUUUUCUUUCAAGAACUGGAAGGAAAAUUAAUGUAACUGUUGUGGAAGGAAAGGGUCUUCAGAAAGAAAAAUCGGGAAAGUGUGAUCCAUAUGUCAAAUUGCAAUAUGGAAAGAGUCUCCAAAGAACAAGGACUGCACACGGUUUUAGUCCUACCUGGAAUCAGAAAUUUGAACUUGAUGAGAUAGGAGAUGAUGAAUACCUUAAGAUAAAAUGCUACAGUGAAGAAACCUUUGGAGAUGAUAACAUUGGUAGUGCCCGGGUGAAUUUGGAAGGACUUGUGGAAGGGUCAAUUAGAGAUAUGUGGGUACCUCUUGAAAAGGUCACUUCUGGAGAACUUAGGCUUCAAAUAACAGUGAGAGUUGACGAUUGUGAAGGAUCAAGGAGUUCAAAUUCAAGCCCAGACAAUGGUUGGAUUGAACUUGUUAUUGUUGAAGGGCGAGACCUUGUUGCUGCGGAUCUCAGGGGGACGAGUGAUCCAUAUGUGAGAGUGCAGUAUGGAGACUUAAAGAAGAGAACAAAGGUUAUCUAUAGAACUUUAAAUCCUCAAUGGAAUCAGACCUUAGAGUUUCUGGAUGACGGCAGUCCCCUGAUGCUGUUUGUGAAAGACCACAAUGCUUUACUACCCACGUCAAGUAUCGGUGAUUGUGUUGUAGAAUAUCAGAGAUUGCCUCCUAACGAAAUGGCUGACAAGUGGAUACCCCUCCAAGGAGUGACAAGGGGAGAGAUCCACGUUCAAAUAACAAGAAGAAUUCCUGAGCUACAGAAGAGACCUAGUUUGGAUUCUGAGCCAUCUCUAAUAAAAUCACGCCAAAUUUCUAGCCAGAUGAAACAAAUGAUAAACAAAUUUCAAUCUAUGAUUGAGGAUUGCGAUAUUAAAGGACUUUCAACUGCUUUGAGUGAGCUGGAAACUCUUGAAGAUACACAAGAAGAAUACAUGACACAGCUUGAGACUGAACAAAUGCUCCUACUCGACAAGAUCAAAGAGCUUGGUCAGGAAAUUUUCCAUUCAUCACCUUUGAUGAACGGAAAAUCUUCCGAAAACUGAGCCAUACCCUUGCAAGUUUCAACGUCACCAAUUUUCGCUUGCAUGAAAAAUUGUUCAUACAGAUUAUGUAUGUGAUUUCCCAACUAUAAGUCCUUGUAAUUGAAGUCAACCUUAGAGAUAAUUAAUUUUGGAAAUUGGCAGUUGUACACUA